AUGGCCGACCUAAAGCACCCAUUUGAAGACAAGUAUUUGGACUUGAAAGAUGAGAACAUUGCACUCAAGAAGAAGAAGAAUGAACAGGAAGACACUAUCAAGAGGAUGUACACAAAGCUGGCGAUGAUCGAAGAGACUCUCAAGCGAAAGGAAAAGGAGCAAGUGCCAGAAGCCGAUUCGCCAGUCAAAGGUGGCGUCGCUGGAACGUCCUUUCGGCGCGACGUAGAAACCGAGCGCUUCAUCCACGAGUUGCGGCGCGAAAAUGCCGCGUUGCGGAAGAAGACUCAAGCCAUGACCGAGUCCAGUCGAUAUGGGUUUCAAAAGGACAAGCAAAAGGUGGCUGCCUCCAAGAAGAAGGGACCAGUGCCAGUCAAGCACCAGUCGAGCCCUGGUCAUCACCACCACCAAACGCCCCCCUCCUCCAACAACACGCUCGAGGGCCAUUCGUCCAUGGCUCGAGCGAUGCAUCAUGCUCAUCAUUAUGCGUCCUCGUCGUCGACAGCGGCUGGAGGUGUCCGCGGAAGAGACGACAAGUCGCUCGAAGCGGCUCUGAAGGCCCGCAUGGUCACCGCCGAGCGGCACGUCGUGCAGCUACACCGCGAGAAUGCCGACUUGAAGGAAUCCCAUCAUCAUCAUCACAACAACAACAAUGAUGGAAUGAACGACAGUGUCGAGCAGUUGCAGCGAGAACUCCGCGACAGACAGGCCCAACUGGUGAUUUUGAACGCCCGGUUCGACAACCUCGAGUCCAAAGCUAUGGCCGAGCGUGAGAUCCAAGAGAAGACGCUCGAGCAAAUGGACAACUUUAACCGCGUGAUCCAUCGGCUGCGAAGUGAGCUGCAGGAAGCGCACAUGGUGCGCGACGACAUGGAGAAGAAGGUUGCCAAGGCCAAGGACAUGCGGGAAGAGCUAGAGAUGUUGCGGGCGCAGAACCACACGUUGGAAGAACGCAUGACCAGUUUGUGCGAAAGCCCGUUCAUCAACGAUGCGUUCCAGCGAAAGGAGCGCAUCGAUAAGCUCGUGGCGUUGGAGUCGCAGACCAAGAAGCAGCAGCAUGCGAUCGACGCGUUGCAAGCCGAAGGGCAAAAGCACGUGGCCGUGAUUCAAGAGCUCCAGGCCAACAUUCGGCUGCUCAAACAAGCCAAGGACGGCGCCGACCAAGAACUGCUUCGUGUCAAGCAAUUGCUCGACGAUGAGCGCCUACAGCAACGCCAACCCCAUCAAGUUGCUCCGCCAUUGACUCACCAGCCAUCGUCCCCCGUGCUCGUACAACCUCCCCAACGCCAAGCCUCGUCCAAGUCGACUAGUCCCAUGCACCAGCAGUCGCCCCCGUCCAAUCAAGGUGACCCCCCCCUUGCCUUCCAAACCAUUCCACCCCGAGCUACCGGUGCGUUGCCCCUGGUGUUAAGAAGAGGCAUCGUGCCGGACGAUCCGUCCCACGUCGCGUUUCUCGAAGGCACCGACAGCCUUCCAGCCGACAACAGCGUCGCGUACCUUCGCCACAAAGUGCACACGCUUCAGAUCGCCCACUUGACGUCCACGCAGGAGCUGGAGCGGUGUGAAAAGAUGCUGCAGGCCCAGACGAGCAUCAAUCGGGAGCUAACGUUUGAGAUCGAGGAGCUGGUGACGCGCAAGGACGCCGGACACGUGGCACUGCGCCGAAAGCUCGACGAAGUGGAAUUGGUCGCCGACACGCGGCUGCGUAAAGUUGCCAUGUUGGAGGCACAGCUUCGACAGCUCAAGUACAUGCGAUCGUCAGGCAAGAAAACUACCCGUGGCAACAAACCUCAAGGCAACGAUGACGACGACGAAGAGGACUUGCUCUCGUUGGGCGACGAAGACGACGAAGUCAAUGCCCAAGGAGGCAAGCUGGUCCGACGAAGCCGCCCCAUGGACCUCUUGGCAGACUCGGCCGUUGACUUGGCGGCAGGCGAGAAUCUGCUCGAAAUUUGGAUCGUCGGGGGCGAUUUCGACUCGAAAUACGUCAAUGGCUCUGGGUGCACGUUUGUCUUGUGUGACUUUUUCGAUUUUGAGUCCCAGUCGACGUCGCUCGUGCUUGGGAGUCGGCCAGCGUACAACUUUGCUGCGUCCUUCAAGAUCACAGCAGACGCGUUCUUUCUGCGGUACUUGGCGUCGGAAUCCCUUGCCCUCGAAGUGCAUCAAGCCGUCAAGGGCGACUUCCACGUCGUGGGGCGGACAUCGCUGCGGCUGAGUCCGCUUCUUGUGCACUCCAGCGGAGCGCUCAAAGAUUCAGCCGUGCCCGUGCGCCAUGUCACGACCAACGCCACGAUCGGUCGGUUGCACCUCGUCAUCCGAGUCGCGCUGCCGCUGACGGAGAUUUGGCAGCUGCACUUACAAGCGUGUCCGUCUGACGGGGCUUUUCUAACUGCCGACCACGCGACCGCAGCAUCGGCACACGCCGCCGCCGUCGAUUUGGUCCCCGACGAUGCCCCCCUGAACGAUCUACAAGUUUCCAUGGUGGCAUGCCGCAAACUGCUGACAUCCAGUGGCAUCCCACCGAGUGCAUACGUACAUUACCAGCUCUUGGGGUUCCCUGAUGUGUUCACCGACAUCGUGCCGAACUCGGGCGCGCCGACGUUCUCCAACGACCACGGCGGCAAUCACUGGUUUACACUGGCCGUGGAUCCAUGCCUUAAGCAGUUCUUUAAAAAGGUCAAGUUGCGCUGCACCAUCUUCGACGACAACGCAUCGAGUUCGUCUGGGGGAGGGGGGGUGUUGGGGUCAUGCGACGUGCCGCUGCGGUCGCUCGUGGACGGCGACCCCGUCGACGGAUGGUUUGAUGUCGUGCACGAGUCAACCUCGUCAUCACCUGCCAUCGUGGGCGAAUUGCUUGUGCACCUAUCGUGGAAACAUCCGUUCCAGCUUGUGGACCAGACCAACCACAAAAAUGCGCUCACCCAGACCCAAGUUCAUGACCUCAUGGUCGCGUUCUCUCCACUCCACGACGGCCGCGUCAACUACCGCGCCUUCCUGGCGUACGCCCACGCGUCCGUCUUUGCAUCGGCGCUGUUUCUGGACACGAUCCAGUCGAUUCAGGCGAUGCUGCAUGGGGCAGUUGCGGCGGGGCGCGACGUGCCAUCUGCCAUAGCGUCGGCCACGUCGUCAACGCCGGCUCUGUCGAAAGACGCCGUCGCCCGCGCGUUUCACGCCGCGGGGCUUUCCCUGCCGCCCGACCAGGUCCAAGUGCUCAUCGACGUUCUCGGGGACGUGAACGGAUUCAUCCACCCCGUCGAGCUGUGGCGACAUGUUCAGCCGACGCCGUCGUGCCAGGACCGCUUUGUAGCCCAAACCUGUCGGGAUGUAGUGCGUCGGUUUGAACUGACCGAGCGCCAACCGACCAAAGUCACAGCGCCCUUUGAACGGUACGACCCCACGCACUGCCAGUACGUGAGUCGCGCAGAAUUCAAGCGCGGCUUGGGGGUGUUGGGCUUUGUCGUGUACGACCCCGAGGCCGACCAAGCCAAGGCCGACUUGCUCGGAAAGAACCCCUCGACAGAGACACGUGACCGGCUCAUGUCGACCCCCCAAGACGUCGUCGUAGCAGUAGCUGACGAAGCCGAAGUCGAAGUGCUAAACCCAAAAACGACGACAUCGGCUACGACCGAGUUUGAGCAGCGAAAAGCCGCCUUCACCAAGCGCAUGAAGCAAGCCGCCGACGCCAGCUGCAAAACGAGCUACGUCUUGGAUGCCCCCAAACUUCCAUCCUUGUCUUCUAACCAGCAACAACCCCUGCCCCCCAGCCGCGCGGCGCGGGUCAUUCAGCAACGAUUCCGAGCGUACCGUCAGCACGGCACUUCAUCCAUACAACGAUCGUCUGCAACUACCGCAGCCAGCACCAUGGUAGGCAAUCCACAACUGCAACGUGAGACCCUACUGGACGUGGAGGCGUUCUUGGCCCAAACGCUUACCGUCACGGACGACCUCAAAGCCACCCUCGUACGGGCAUGUCAAGAGCUGGACCACGCCAAGCGAGGCCGCCUCAGUCGCAAGCAAAUGACGUUCGCGCUGCGGCCGCUGUGUCUGACGCCGCCACACCUGCGCUGUCUCUUGGACGCAUUCCGAACCGACGACGGGAUAUCGAAUGGACAGACAGUUGUCAUGUACGCGCCACUGCUGCACUUUGCACUGACCGCCAAGCACGUACUACCGCCCCUGACUAAAUGGCUGCACACUUUGGUGCUUGAGGAAGCAGACAUGGUGCCGUUUGCUCACGCGGACGGCAAAUGUGACAACGUGCUUCCGUUCGACGUGUUUCAAUCGUGUUUGAAACGCAAGUGCCCGCACUUGUCGUCCACGCAAGUAAACCUCAUCGCGCAACUGUUUGACGUGUCGGGUUUUGGUGUCCACUACCGUGCGUUCUUCGAGUACAUGGCGUCGACGCCGAUGUCCGUGUCGCUGCAAAAGAUCAAGGCGAGUCUACGAUCGUUGUCGCCCCCCACCAAACAAGCCAUUCAGGUGGCACUGGCGCAAGUGCCCCAGGACGAGUCGUUGACCAAGCUGCAGCUGUCGGCAUUGUGGAAGCAGCACAACGUCGAGUUGAUGCCGGCGGACCAGUCCGUGCUCUGGGCGGUGCUCGACCCGUCGCGGCUCGGCACGGUGUCCCCCGCGUCGCUGUGGACCGUGUUGUUUCAGCCGUCGUCGUACCCUGCCUGUUUGAAUUCUGGAGAAACGGCGCCGCUGGACUUGGCGUUGCUUCAGCAGUUGUCGUGGAACUCGAGGCGGUACAUCGCGCCAGACUCGGACGCCGUCCUCGCUGCGUUCACUCGGUACGAUUGGGCCAAGACGGGUGGCAUCGGCGUCCAUGAAUUUGCCGCCGUGGUGCAGCAGCUCGGGUUCAUCGUGACGUCCACCCAUGCGUCGCAGCAGCUUGCGCGGCAUUUCUACAGCCACGGACACGUACAAUAUAGUCGGUUCCUCCAGUGGAGUCGCGGGCCCGACGUGUCGUACCCGGUGCUCCAGACGCGGCUCCAGCACUUUGUCCAAAACGUCGCCGCGGACCAAGACGUCGAGGUCGCGGCGGUCGUGGGGCAGUGGCGCCAGGCGUUCCCGCCACCGCCAGUCACUCGGCAUGCAUUUGCUUCGAUCGUCGCCCAGCCGCCGCUGGCGCUGCCGUUAAACGCGAACGAGAUCCGCGCCGUGCUAUAUCAUUUGGACCCCGACUGUCAUGACGUGGUCGACGUACACACAUUUCUGCGGUUCACAGACACUGAGAACGCCCCCGACGACAGACCCCGUUCUCUAGACGCCGUAGCAGACGGGGAACAGGGGACGGCCGUGUUGUCGGCGCUGCGGUCUGUGGUGGCCAAGGCCAGAAAACACGACGUCCUCCACUUGUUCCAAGCGUAUGAUGGCUCCAAGCAAGGCGUGGUGGAACCAGACAUUUUCGUGCUCGUGUGGCGCAAACUGGGGGUCGACCUGCAGCCCCCCGACGUCCACUGGAUCUUUGCCGAGUUUGCCAAGGACGGUCAUCGCUUGGCGUAUCGGAAAUUCCUUCGUCAUCACUUGCAAGAUCAGGAUGGUGACGACGACGGUGACGACGAUGAUGACGACGCGGUCGCACACGCCCGACGGCUGGACAAGCGUCGCGCGCUGCUGCGAGACAUGCUGCAGACCGCCGCGGCGGAACGCCCCAACGAGUACGCUGCGUGGAGGCAACAAGUGCGCGUCCGGGCCAAAGGGCGGGCGUACCUAUCGCGGGACAAAGCGCUGUCCAUUUUAGCCAAAAGCCAAGCGAACGGCAGCCAGUUGAUUGACAUGCCAGUGUUUGAGCGGUGCUUGCAUGUGUUUGAGAACGUUCGUGACGACACCGGUGGCGACGGUGACAAUGAAGGCAACAAAACCAAGCAUAAAGUGUGCAUGGCCAUGCUCCAGGCGUGUCUGGAAAGCGCCGCGCCGCUGCCGCCUCCACAUGAAACUUCGACGAGAACGACGAGUGACGGCGACGAAACUGUACUGCAAGACAGCGUGCGGGUGCUGGGGAUGGUCCUACGCCGGUGUGUGGAGCAAGGGGUGGACUACCGACGAGCGAUCGACCGCCACGAUGACCCGGCGUGGAGCGGGCUCGUGACUCCAGCCCAGGUCAAAGCCAGUCUCAUGGAACUGGGGUUCAACGUCGUGGCCGACGGCAUGCGGUGCAUCGGGUCCCUCAUCGGCGCCUUCCGGUUCUCGUCGGACAACCAAAACGAUGCCAUCAACUACAUCCAAAUGGUGCACGCCGGUCGACAUGCGGCGGACCUGCCGCCGUCCGACACUUCAACUACGUGGCAGGUAGACGAAGCGUUGCGUGCCAGGGUGCGUCAGAAGUGCCAUGUGACGUUCCAUCCGGACGGAGUCGCCGCCGUGUGUGCGCCGCUGGCCCGCGCGUUCGGCCACUUUGACCGCGACGACGUGGGGUACUUGACGUUGGCCUCGUUCACCGCGGGGCUACACGCCCUGCACUACCACCCGUCUGCUGCGGAAACCCAAGCGCUUUUCGACAGCCUUGCCAUCUUCCGCCUCGCGACGCCGGCGGUCGUGUCCCGCGUCGAGUUCGACGCGUGGGCUCUUGAUCCCCAUCGGCACGACUUGCUCGCGCACCUCCACUCGCGCAUCGCAUCCUUCUCGGAGCUCUCACAUGCGCUGGCGGCGGCAGACCCCCGCCAGACGGGGGAGCUCCCCGUAGCAACGUUCGGCGACGUCUUGGCUACCCACGGUGUGCGGGUCAGCCAAUCCGACCUCGGACGGCUGCAGUACCUCUUUGAUGUGAACCGGACGGGGACUGUGCUCUCGUACAAACUGUGGUUGCGGGUGGUUGCUCGCAGCUUGGCCGCCAACUCGAAUGCCGCCAUCAACGUCGACGACAUGGAAGUCCACGAUUCGUCGUCUGUGCUUGCUGCGGUGCAUCGCACGCUCAAGACGUACAUGAUUGAUGCCAACACAUCUCACCAAGGCGGCGUGACCGCGUCGGCGCGCGCGUGCAUGGAGGCUGCCGACGCGAGUCGUGGCGGCGUGCUGGCGGUGGCGGACUUCUUCCUCACGAUGAAGCACAUGGGGCUAGUGCUGGCCCCGGAACAAGUCCGGGAGCUGGUGCUGCGGUAUCCUGGUGGCGCGGACAAGCGGCAGAUCGAUUACCGCGCCUUGUUGGCGGAUGCAGCUCCAGCCGACACCACCGUGAUGCAGCGAGUGAUGGCGUGUGUCGAAGAUGCGUUGGAACGCGGUAUCGAUGUCCUGUCCCGACUACGACGAUUGGACACCACGGGCCAUGGGACGUUGACGGCGUCGCAAUUUCGAGUGGGGUUGGAAGAGCUCGGCGCCGCGGUGCGCGAUACCGACAUGCCUCUGAUCAUGGCAGGGUUCGGCGGUGACAGCAGUGUCGUGGAGUUGCGGCAUGUCCUGCAACAUGCACGAGUACAAGCAACAAAGGCGCUGCUGUGCAAGUUGGAGCCGUUGUCGGAUGCUGUGAUCGCCGCGUCGGCGAUGGACAGAGCGACGUUCGCGUCGUUGUGUGUAUCGCAGGGGAUCUCGCCGCUGUCGGCAGCCCAAUGGACGAUUCUGGACGAUCAGUUUGGGACCUGCGACAUGAUCGACGUCGGUCGACUUGUGCAAAGCGUGCGAGCGGUGGGUGUGCAAUCCGUGCUCCACCAGCUGCGUGAUGGAUUCAGAGCCGUCGGUUGCGUGGCCAAGGAUCUUGGUCAGGCCUGUCUGACACUUGAUGACGACUACACGGGUCAACUGUCAAGCUCGCAAUUUUUUGACGUGCUGCAGCAGGUGAUGGGGACUCCGGUGUCUCUAAGCAAGAGGCGCCUCCUCCAUCACGCUCCUUGGGUCGUCUUGGACCACGUCAACUACCGCGCGUUUGUCGCUGCAGUGUUCCAUUCACAAGUUUGA